CACGUUACGAAGCGACACCAAAUGACACGUACACAUGUUUAAUGUGUCUGACUACUGUCGACUGCUGUUCGACUAGUUUACGGCUGAUCCAACGGCCAGAAAUGAAAUUCAAUUGUGAUAACAGAUUAUAGAUUUCCGUAAACUCACGUGAAGAGAAAGAGAGAGGGAACAAAGUGGGAUGUGGGAUACGAGGGGGUUCAAACUUCAAAGCGAGUCAAGACGGCACUAGCCAACUCGCACGGUUCGACUCGGCUAGUGACUGAGCAUACGAGGAGUCUCUCCCUCUUGCACAGCAUGCUUUCGCCGGAGUUCAUCCUUACAUCAUCAGUGAUAAAGAUAAAUAGCACAGAACCACAACAAAUCUUGAGCCUGCAUGAGUCCAUUUAUACAUACAUUAACUCCAAUGUGAAAUAAAGAGAUUUGAGAUUAGAGAGUAGAGAGCGAUCGUCAUGGCAACGAAGUCAGUUUCUUCCUUCGCCGUAUUUUUCAUCCUCUUUCUGGUUAUGUUUGAAGUGCCCGAGACAAAAGCGCAGGCUAGCAAAUGCUUGAAAGAAUACGGCGGCAACGUGGGUUUCAGCUUCUGUGCGCCUUUGAUAUAUCCGUCCUUCUGUUAUCGGAGAUGCCGUCAGAACAAGGGCGCGAAAGGUGGAAGAUGCCGUACGGGAAAGGCCGGCGCUACUGAUAUGAUAUGCUUAUGCGACUACUGCAGCGACAAGCCUUGAUAAGAUUCCAAGCGAUCGUUACACGGUUUGGCCGCAGCCGCAGACGUUUUGUAUCUGAUCACCUUGUAUGUAUCAUGUGAUAAAUACAGUAGGUUACUUGAUGAGGACCAUAUUUUUACAUAAGAAAAUUAAUCGGAUGUUGAAAAUUCAGAUUAAUUUUUAGUUAUAUAAAAUAAAGGCCGACUUUGUUUUCUGUAAUUUUGAUUUAAGCCUUUAAGGUCACUGUCUCGACAUUUCGGGUAUUAAUCUUGAAACGUGUGAUGGAUAUAAUUAAGCUUUUUUAUUUUUAUGUAAAGAAAAACCAUUUCGAA